GUCAAAGAGAACAACGUGCCGGUUUCAACUCUCGUAGUCUGCGGAGAGGGAUGGAACAAGUGGGUAAGGGAGCUCGAUUCGUCCGACAAACCAGUCGACGCGUUUGCUCGACCCAGACUACAACAGCAACAGAUUCAGCGGUAGGACCUUCCAGAACCGUCGAUCUCACCAAACACUGCAAGUAUCACGAUGCCAAAGGGCACGAUACGACAGAGUGCAAGUCACUCUAUGCGCACUACCUCUCCUCCUUAGCAAGUGGCGACUUUAAGUUCGAACCACUAAAGGCUAAGCUGAAGAACGGCAAGAGCUGGAGCAAGAAUAAAGAAAGGAGAGCCCAGCGCAAAGCUACAGGCAAAAGUCGACAUAGCGAAACUCAACAACGCGAUGACGAGGAGGACGCCCCGAAGAGUAAUGACGAGGCAGACUCCUCGGCUGAGGAAGAGCAACCAGCUAACCGCAGAUGCAUUGAGGUCAUACUUUCCCAGCAAAACUUGUCGUCGGACGAUGAGAAUGAUGACACACCUGUACACGAAGAUUUGAGAGAUGUUCUGAAACGGAAGUUGGAAUCCGAAAACAGCAACAGCUCCACGCGCAAUGAUCUCCGAAUAACGUUGAAUGCACGGAAGUCGCGGCGUAUCUCGGCAGUUGACCCUGAUCCCAAAGAACGCCCGAACGGUGACUUUAGGGAUAAACUCAACGCAGGAGCAUGCGAUCUCCGAAUCCGCCUCAAUCGUUCUAAGCCCACUGACCUCCGAAGGCGUUUGGAGCAAACUAAGAUGUCAAGCAACGACACUCCAUCAUCAAAAAACGAUAGAGACGUACCAACCGAUUUACGCGUCUUCUUAGACUCCAAGCAGGUCCAAACGCGACGUCAACUAAAUGUCAUCAUGGGCAGUUCUCCUCCUUGCGGCAACUCUGUUCGCUCCGUCAUGGAUUACCGUCGGCAGGUCGCGACUUCGCAGAGAUGGCCGACUAGGCCGCCAAAUCACCCUCCGAUAACCUUUUCACCGGAUGACGCUGAGGGGAUUCACGUACCCCACAAUGAUCAUCUUCUUGUAGUUCUUGGAAUUGGGGAGUACGACGUCACCAAGAUCCUCAUCGAUACAGGAAGUUCCGUCGACCUCAUUUUCCGAGGAACCCUGCAGAAGAUGGGAGUCGAUCUCGACGACAUCAAACCAUCCUCCAGAACAUUAACCGGCUUCAACGGAUCCUCUGAAACAAUACUGGGAACAAUCCGCCUUCCGGUACGUGCAUGUGGAGUCACUCGGACUGUCAAAUUUGCCGUCGUAAGCACGAAGUCCCCUUACCACGCCAUACUCGGAACCCCUUGGAUACACUCAAUGCAGGCCAUUCCAUCUACUUACCACCAGUGCGUCAAGUUCCCCGGUACGGACGGCAAAAUCAAAACACUGCGAGGAGAUCAAAAAGCCGCUAGGGAACUCCUAGUCGCCACAGUUAAACUCCAACGAUCGUCUUUAUCGGUUAACUCCAUCACUCCUCCAACCUAUAAAGUCUGCUCCCAGGAAGGCGAAAUUCUCGAGUUACCUAUUGACGAUGCCGAUCCAAGCCGGACCGCAAGGGUUGGUGCGUACCUGUCUGAAGAAAUGCAGCGGUCAGUUCUCGACUUUCUCAAGGCAAAUGUGUCCACAUUCGCGUGGUCCAUGUCAGACAUGAAAGGAAUUGAUCCGGCCAUAACAACUCAAGAACUAAACGUCGAUCCGACAGUCAAGCCUAUCCGACAGAAGCGACGCAAGCUCGGUCCAGAUAGGUCAAAGGCUAUAAACGAAGAGGUCGACCGGUUGCUCGACGCUGGUUCAAUUGCUGAGGUGCGCUACCCUGAGUGGUUAGCAAAUCCAGCAGUCGUCAAAAAGAAGAACGGGAAGUGGCGCGUCUGCGUCGACUUCACAGACUUGAAUAAAGCCUGCCCAAAGGAUAGCUAUCCUCUUCCCAACAUCGACCGUUUAGUCGAGUCCACGGCUGGAAACGAGAUGCUCACCUUCAUGGACGCUUUCUCUAGGUACAACCAAAUCAUGAUGCACCCCGACGAUCGCGAAAAAAUAGCAUUUAUCACGGAUAGAGGAACCUACUUCUAUAAGGUCAUGCCAUUCGGUUUGAAGAACGCGGGAGCAACCUACCAACGGCUUGUGAACAAAAUGUUCGCAGACAAGCUGGGCGUCACCAUGGAAGUAUACAUCGACGAUAUGCUUGUCAAGUCGCUACACGCUGCUGAUCACCUCUGUCACUUGAAAGAUUGCUUCGAAACUCUCAACAAAUACGGCAUGAAACUGAAUCCAGCAAAGUGCACGUUUGGGGUUUCCUCAGGCGAGUUCCUUGGAUACAUAGUCACGCAGCGGGGAAUCGAAGCCAACCCAAAGCAGAUCUCCGAGGUCCUGAACCUUCCAAGCCCAAAAAACAGUAGAGAAGUGCAACGGCUUACGGGAAGGAUAGCUGCACUCAACCGGUUCAUCUCCAGAUCCACCGACAAAUGCUUGCCAUUCUACGACCUCCUCCGAGGUAACAAAAGGUUUAUCUGGGAUGAGAAAUGCGAGGAGGCAUUUAUCCAACUUAAGCAUUAUCUGAGAACACCACCCGUUCUCGCCAAGCCAGAUGUCGGCGACGUUCUAUCUCUUUACAUCGCAGUAUCACAAGCAGCAGUCAGUAGUGUCCUCAUAAAAGAGGAUCGUGGUGAGCAAAAACCAAUCUUCUACACGAGUAGGCGCAUGACCGGACCAGAAACGCGAUACCCAACUCUGGAGAAGAUGGCACUGGCAGUCGUCGAAGCGGCGAGAAAGCUUCGCCCUUACUUUCAGUCACAUUCGGUUGAAGUAUUAACCGACCAGCCCCUCCGAACGAUACUUCAAAAUACAAACAGGUCCGGAAGACUAACGAAGUGGGCCAUCGAACUCGGUGAGCUUGAUAUCACUUACAAGAACAGGACUGCAGCAAAAUCUCAGGUUCUCGCAGACUUCUUAAUCGAAUUGGCCCCGUAG